AGAAACUGACAUGCGCAGUGCGGGCCACCAAACAGCGCGAGUUGCUAACUGCUAAUACAGCUUUAGCUAUCAGGAUAGCGGUUGCAUUUGUUUCAGGCAUAUUUUGUAACCGCACAAGUCGACGAAGCUUGAAAAAGUCACGUCCGGACUACAAAAAUGUUCAGGUGUAUGAUGGCUGGUCUCCGUGGAAGCUUCCUGGCAUGUGCUCAAGUCCACCAGACGUCCUCAGAAGGCCCACUCAGGAUCCACUGUGGUCUGCUGGCUCAGACUAGGUUCUUGUCUCAAGGUCAGAGGUCGUCAGCCCAGGUCAAGCUGAGGACUCGUGUGGCUGUGACGCUGUUGUUUGGCGGUGGAUUGCUGGCGGCGUGGGGCUUUGUGCAUGCAGAGAAGCAGCAGAAAGACAGGAGACAGCGUUUGGACCAGCUUCGUCAAGUAGCUCUGGGUCAGGGGAACUUCAGCCUCCUAGACCAGAACGGUCGGCGGCGCACCAAGCGGGACUUCCUGGGCCACUGGGUGCUGCUGUACUUCGGUUUCACACACUGUCCCGACAUCUGCCCGGAUGAACUCGACAAGAUGAGCGCUGUGGUGGAAGCUCUGGACCGGGACCUGUCUCUGCCUCCGGUCCAGCCAGUCUUUGUCACAGUGGACCCGGAGCGCGACGACGUGGCGGCACUGGCUCGCUACGUCAAAGACUUCCACCCUCGCCUGGUGGGUCUCACUGGCACGGCCAAGGAGGUGAAGGAGGCGGGCCGGGACUACCGGGUCUACGCCAGUGCCGGCCCCAAGGACGAGGACGGGGACUACAUCGUGGACCACACCAUCCUCAUCUACUUGCUGAGUCCUGACGGCCUCUUUGUGGACUACUACAACCGCAUGAAGAACCAGGAGCAGAUCACAGAGAGUGUGCGGAACCACAUCAAGAACCACCGCAUGCUCUCUGAUGCAUGAACAUACGUGUACGCUUAAUAAAAACAUUUAAUGACAUUAAUAACAAUGGCUGUCUGAAAUGAAUGAAGCCCUUUUCUAUAUCAAUGAUGAAGGGGCUCAUUGGUGGUCUUUUGAUGCUUCCCGUCAUCAAGAAGUGUUCAUCGUGCUGGCGGGGAGACUUUUAAACCUGUCGGUAGCUCGUUGUGUGCUGAUAAGCGUCAACGCCAUCGAGUCCAAGCUCUCAUCCAAACCAUCAACACUGUCGAUGGCCACCGUGUUGUCGUUGGCCUGAAACGUGCAUAGAAAAGAAAAAAAAAUUCAGACACCGCGCUGCUUUGGGAUGCCGUGAUGUCAGUGAUGAUGUCAGAGUUACCAGCUGUAGCGAUGCCAGCAGGAACUUGCAGGCUUCAAAAUUGUCCAAGCCGGACACGAUGGACGAAAAGGAGCGGCGCUGGCCCACGGUGUUCAACGCCGAGACGAUUCUAUCGCCGUAUUGGUGAAUGUCAAACGGCACGCGCUCCUCCUGCAACAGGAAAUGGCGUCAGGUGUGAAGAGUCUACUUCCUGCUCACAGUAGGGUCCAGCUAACUACCUGCUGAGACAGCUGGGGGUGGAUCUUGUCCUCCCAGUCUUUGACCCGUCGAGACAGCGCUGUCUCCUGCACGUAACCUUGACAGUUGAUCACCAGCUGCUCCUGGACGCCGCCACGCGGAAGACACGUCUUGGUUAACGUGCUAAAAGUGCGCUCCUUAAUCUUGUCAUGGUGACGAGUGACCGUCAAGACCUACCACUCGCAGUUUGACGAGGUCUUCGUAGGUCAGCUGAGCUCCUGCAAACAAAUGCCGACGUCAAGCACAGAGUGGAAACAAAGACAACGGCGAGGACACAAGGAGCACACCUGGCACGCCGUCUUCUUCUGCCUCACAUUCAACAGGAAGUUGUUCAUGUUCACAGAGGUCUUCUGCACCUUCAAACCAACCUGAUACAUCUUAGACACACAAUCUAUGUAUUCAUGCGGAACACACACACACCUGCCAUGUCCAGCUCUAUGAAGCCCUCCACAGGCUCCGCCUCAUGAUCAUGUGGCCCCACCUCCUCAAGCUGCAGUAAGUUUCUCGUCAGUUCCCCGUCAGUCACAAACACGCCCUGUGACAUCACACAUACACACGUUAGCUCCUCCCAUUGAUGUCACACCCCUUAGUCCCGCCCAGUGACAUCAAGAAAAGGUGAGGAUGAAGCAAGCACUGACUUGUUUCCUGUUGAUUCUCUUGCGAGAGCUCAGCUUGCUUUUGAUGGUGCUGAGAUAAACGUAGUUUAGGUCUGAAAGAAGAAAUGGUCGAUUUGAUCAUCAAUGUGUGACACCAUUGUGAGUGAAAGCUAUGCUAACACGUUAGCAAACAUCACGUGAUCAUGCGACACAUGCCGAUGAACGUGGGCCCCUUCCUCAACUUGGAAUCGGGAGGAUCGUCUGCAAGAACGAGAAGCUUUUAGGCAACGACGCCUCACACGCGGACGCGACCGGAUGUCUUACAGUUUCGUUUGAACCAUCGACAGAAGUCCUGCAGGGGAGCCGCGCGCUUUCGUUUCCUCUUCCCUCCGUCGUCCAGACCCGCGGGAACCUCGUAGCACUUUCCUGAAGAGCAAGCGGAUGUCAGACCCGCCAAGAACCACCAAGUGACCACGUCGCCAAACCCCUUACCUAACUUGAUGGCCUUCUCGCCCUUCUUGUUGAGCUCGGUGGCGUAUGGGUCGUGAAGCGUCCACGCGGUGACCUGAAAGGAGAAGCAAACGAUGUGCACAGACCGUCUCGCACGACCAGAUACGCAAGCAAGGGUGAGGUCUGCGUACGGCAGGUAGCUCCGCCUCCUCAGCGACAACCUGCUGCCGUGGUCGAAUCAUGCGAGGUUCACUCGGAGCCUGAGCGUCAAAAAAUAUGCACCUUAGAGAUUAUAAGACACACACUUCAAAUAUGUUCUUGCAAACCUGCUGCCUCUCCACGUGCUCCUCUGCUUCCUGCUCCACGUCCAUCACGUCGUCCACAGGAGGCACGCUCUCCUCGGCUAUGUCUCCAAAAUUGGCACCAACUGACAUGGCGACAAGCUGCAGGUUCUGGUCUAAGUGAGGCGUGCUAGACUUGGCGCCCUGAUUGAGGAGGAUCAUGUCCCGGUGUCCUGGGAGGAACAGAUUUAUCCAGAAGUCCUUCUGGCUGCACACAAUUUCACCUUUCACACUGUGAAACACAAAAAGACAGCAGCUGACACCACCAGGUCACAUGUGGUGCCACACGGGAGGAAGAUGCCACCCACCUGAUGAGGGGCAGCUUCUGCUUGUCGUGGUUUUCGGGAGCAAUCAGAGACUCUGGAGGAAGCGGAGUCACCUUUACCGGCUGACAGGAAAAAAGAAGUCAGUGCGAGCGACACAAACAGUUGCUGCUGUUGCUUGCAAGAACAUCUGACCGUGUUCAUGUCCGCCUUGUCCGAGGUGUCCGUCACGUUGAUGUCCACGAGCGAGAACUGCACGCAUCAAGCAGACAUCAAUAAAGACCCCAGCAGCAACACCCACUUCCUGUUUCUUACCUCGUCUUCUUUGGACGUUGCUUCAUCUGUGUCGGCAUCCUCGCACGUUGUGGCUUGUUUGCUUCGUCUGUCGGGAGAGAACACGUUGAAGGAAGGAAAAUGUCAAAGGUGACAGUCGGCCUGAAGAUGCUCACUUCUUGUUCCUGUCGUUGAUGUACUCCAAAGUCCGGUAAACCAGACUGUGGAGCAGCUCCACCUGCAACAACAUCGUCAUUAAGUUUCAAAAGCUUCAUUCUAGUUGGCUGGAAGGUGAAGUUAUUUUUAUUUGCUAUAUAGCGCCCGUCCAACCGAAACUGUACACUCCUGACCUUCUUGCUGUAGAUGGAGGCUGAGCCUUGGAUGAGCAGCGCCGCCUCUGCAAAGUCCAGGCGGGUUUUGCCAUCAAAUGUGAUGCACAUCUCGUCCAACUGCAACACACACGCACACCUUGACAACAUGUUCAUCAGUGAAAGGCGUUUUCACACCGCCAAAGUCACCUCCUCCAAGUAGUCGUUUAAUUCAGAUGCCAGGUCGAUGUCCCAGUUGUCAGUGAGCUCCCUGAUGGGCUUCAGCAGGUGAGCGAAUCUGCUCUCUGUCGCCUCCAUGAGUGCAUACGACCGCCAGGUGGCGCUGCGAUGUAGUAAUUUUUCCACAUUAAAGUAACAGUUUAAAUACUGUGCAAUUUCAUGAUAAACAUGUACAGGCAUUGGGAAAAAACGAUUGGAACUUUUUACUGAACGGGACGUUAACGUAUAACGUUAGUUGGCGGAUCGACAACUGAUCAAUAGCAAUGUACAAAAAUGGUGGAAACUACUGUAACAUAACAUAAGCAUUAAGUCAGUGAAAACAUAAAACCAUAAAAAUGAAUGUGAUUGACGUUUCUUACCAAUACGACAACUAAAAGGACUAAAGCAACAAGACGAAUCAAAGUACCCGCCAGCCCGCCUGUUCGCUUCCUGUUAUUCUGCUUCUUCUACGAUUCUUCCUGGCAGACUCAGCUGCUGACGUGCUGCCAUCUGGGGGUCAACCUUGAUAUCGCGCAGGAUAAUCGCACGUGCAUUCGCUUCCGUCAGUUCCUCUCGGACCACGUGACCAUGUUCCUGGAAAGUU